AGUCUCCUCUCAGCCAACUGCCCUUCCCCUUCUCACCUGCAUCCCUUUCCACUCUCUCACCUGCAUCCCUUUCCACUCUCUCACCUGCAUCCCUUUCCACUCUCUCACCUGCAUCCCUUUCCACUCUCUCACCUGCAUCCCUUUCCACUCUCUCACCUGCAUCCCUUUCCACUCUCUCACCUGCAUCCCUUUCCACUCUCUCACCUGCAUCCCUUUCCACUCUCUCACCUGCAUCCCUUUCCACUCUCUCACCUGCAUCCCUCUCCACUCUCUCACCUGCAUCCCUCUCCACUCUCUCACCUGCAUCCCUUUCCACUCUCUCACCUGCAUCCCUCUCCACUCUCUCACCUGCAUCCCUCUCCACUCUCUCACCUGUCCGCCCCCUUCCACAUGGUACACGAAUCGCCCACAUCCAGGCAAUUUGUGA